AUGGCCCGGGGUCCGGUGCUCGCCUUGCCGCUGCUGCUGCUGCUGCUGGCGGCCGUGACCGGCCGGGCGGCCGCGCGGGACGACUGCACUUGCGCCACUAACAAGAUGACCACGUGCAGCUGGGACAGCCAGGGCGGCCGCUGCCGGUGCAAGGCGAUCGGCUCGAACCACGAGGUCAACUGCUCGACGCUGACCUCCAAGUGCCUGCUCCUCAAGGCGCGCACGGUGCGCUCCAAGAGCGGCCGCGGGCUGGUGCGCCCCAGCGAGCACGCGAUCGUGGACAACGACGGCCUGUACGACCCCGACUGCGACCUAGACGGCCGCUUCAAGGCGCGCCAGUGCAACCAGACGUCGGUGUGCUGGUGCGUGAAUUCGGUGGGCGUGCGCCGCACGGACAAGGGCGACGAGACCCUGCACUGCGAGGAGCUGGUGCGCACCCACCACAUCCUGAUCGAACUGCGCCACCGCCCGCCCGCCCGCGCCUUCAACCACAGCGACCUGGACGCCGAGCUGCGGCGGCUCUUCCGCGAGCGCUACCUGCUGCGCCCGCGGUUCGUGGCGGACGUGCACUACGACGAUCCCACCAUCCAGAUCGAGCUGCGGCAAAACGCGUCGCAGAAGGCCCCCGGCGACGUGGACAUCGCCGACGCCGCCUACUACUUCGAGAGGGACGUCAAAGGCGAGUCGGUGUUCUCCAAGCCCGGUGGCUUCGACGUGCGCGUGCGCGGCGAGCCCCUGCAGGUGGACCAGACGCUCAUCUACUACCUGGACGAGAAGCCCCCGCAGUUCUCCAUGAAGCGCCUCACGGCCGGCCUCAUUGCCGUCAUCGCCGUCAUCGCCGUGGCCCUUGUCGCUGGCGUGGUCAUCUUGGUAAUCACCAACCGGAGGAAGUCGGGAAAGUACAAGAAGGUGGAGAUCAAGGAGAUGGGGGAGUUGAAUAAGGAACCAAACUUGUAGGUACCUGGUGGGGCAAGGGGUGAGGCGGGGUGCCCGGUUUCAGGAUCCUCCCAGGUCAAAGUGACUCACAAGUUUUGGUUCUUGGCCCACUGCUCCUCCUCAGUCUCCUCCCCUCCGCACCACCGAGUUCAAUAAAUCCUGGCCCCCAGGGUUGCUUCUGGAAGGAAAGGGUUCUACAAUUCCUUCCCUUUGGGUCCAACGCGAAACCUGGCUCUGAGCGUUGAAGAAAAGGACGGUGUGGGUUAUGCAUGACUCAAGUGGGUGACGGCCCAACCUUCAUCGGAGAGUCACGGAAUCCGUGUCUAACGUUGUACCGGGCUUAGAUGGGAAGCAGCGCUUGUAGUCUCGGGUUUAAGGUAUUUGAUUAGCUUCACUUGGCUCUUGGCGUUCUCCAUGGGAAGAGCAGUUUGUUAAUUGGGCCUCGGUAGUAGCCUCAUUUCCCAACGUUUGUCUUGGGCACCACACAUACACGCGUCACGGGGUAAGAAGCCUGUUUCAGCUGUCUGAACCCCCCACCCUCGAUGUCUGUGUCUGAGAGCAGACUGGCCCAGAAGUCCAGCACCUGCUCUUCAGCACACCCUUAGGAGAGCUGAUAUUACCAAUGUGUCCUUUUGUAAAAUGUUUGUACAUAUGUUGUCUUUGAUAAUGUUGUGAUUUUUUUUAAAAGCAGAAAUUUAAUAAAAUAUGGA